AUGCUGUCAAGCCACCAUUGCCUGCUCCCAGGUUCAGCUCUCUAUGGCCUGGAAGCAACAUUUUCUCUCGGUGGAAGAUUAAUAUUGGUUUUUAGCAGAGCCGUGUCUUCUCCACCCUACCCAUUGCCGUCUUCUAGAUGUGUAGGACUAUAUUUUGACAUACAUUCCUUUUCCCAGAUUGCAUCCCGUGUGAAAUUGAGCGUGCACCCGUCACAGGCUGGUCAGCUAUCAAAGUACACGCUCGUCUGCGUCCAGGCUGCCCAUACCACACUCAACCCCACUGAGCAGGUGCAAAGCCGAGUGCGCUUGGUGCCGCUAUAG